GGCAAACCUUGGCUUCAACUUCAAGCUCUAGCUGUGUAUUUUUGGUGUGUUGCUUGAAAAACAAAAUGCAUCGUCUUCUACUGCUGUGUUGUAUAUCUACAGUACUAACUAUUUCUGACGCAGCGAAUGUAGCCAAGAGAGACGAGCAAUGCACCGGGUUGUUACAGUGUUCUGCUUUACUUUCGAAAAUGGAAACAUCCAGCUUUGGUCCUUUGCAUGAUAAAGAACAAUACAAACAGCUAUGCCAGAAGAACGGUGAACUACAAAAGUGUUAUAACGACAACAAAGAUGACUGCGAAGAUUUAACUUUGUCCAACAUGCUUCAUGGAGGAAUUCAGACGAUAGACUUUUUUUGUUCGGCAGAGGGCAAAGAAGAGCUAGAUUCUAUCAAAGACUCUCCAUGUGUCGAUGAUCAAACGACUUUCUUGUCAGCCAAAGAAGAAAUGAAGAAGUGUGAGCAGACUUUCCAGAAACAGUUUCUGGUGGCUAUGUCUAGUGAGGAAAAAAUGGAGUCAUUCAAUAUCUGUUUGCACUUAGAUCAACUGAGAAGUUGCAUUCUGGGAUCAGUGGAAAAUCAUUGUGGCCAAAAAUUUGGCAUCAUUGCUCGAAAACUUUUUGACAUUGAAUACCAGCCUUUUGCCACGGAGUUGGAUUGUGGUCAAUAAGUUCGUCACAUCUGUACUCUGAAAUCCAGGCUCGUUCCCUUGAUCAUCUCUGGUGUCAGAAGAAGACGUUAAAUGUCGACCAGCUUCACGGUUCAAAUCUUUUGAUGUCCUGGAUUUAAAAAAAAAUGAAUUUUUCAAAAUAUUCUUUUUUAACUAUAUCCAAUGCAUUUCAAAAAAU